AUUUCUCUAUACAAGGUUACAGCUAAACGCCGGAAUCCCCUUCGUGUUCGUAGGUGAGCAAAGCGACAAAACAGAAAUAAAAAAAAACCCAUAUAUAUCACAUGGCCAAAGCCACACGACAGUCAUCUCACGAUUGAAAGACGCGUAGUAGCCUAUUCAUAAUAUCAUGUCGCUAACGUACGACACAUAAUUCGUUGCUCUAUUGGUUCUUGGCUACGGUAUGGUAGAACAAUUCAUUAACUGAACCAAAUUCUGGAGAAUGGUGGAGCCCAAUAAUGCUGAGUAUGUUGUAUUAGGAGAAGCAUCUUCCCCAAGGUUAGAUAAGUUCCGAAAGGUUUCAAUCCUACCACUAGUUUUCUUGAUCUUUUAUGAAGUUUCUGGUGGGCCAUUUGGUGUUGAAGAUAGUGUUAAGGCAGCUGGACCUCUUUUAGCUCUUCUUGGCUUUUUGCUAUUUCCAUUCAUAUGGAGCAUUCCAGAAGCUUUAAUAACUGCAGAAAUGGGCACUAUGUUUCCUGAAAAUGGAGGGUAUGUAGUAUGGAUAUCAUCUGCUAUGGGUCCUUAUUGGGGGUUUCAACAAGGUUGGAUGAAAUGGUUAAGUGGAGUUAUUGAUAAUGCAUUAUACCCAGUUUUGUUUCUAGAUUACCUUAAAUCUGCAAUACCAGCAUUAGAAAGUGGUUGGCUCAGGAUAGUGUCAAUUCUGGCUUUAACUAUUAUUUUAACUUACAUGAACUACAGGGGUUUAACUAUAGUUGGAUGGGUUGCUAUAAUUUUAGGCGUGGUUUCCCUUCUUCCUUUUGUGGUUAUGGGACUUGUUGCAAUUCCUAAAUUGGAGCCUUCAAGAUGGGUUGUUGUAGAUUCAGGUAAUGUGGAUUGGGCUUUGUAUUUUAACACACUCUUUUGGAAUCUGAAUUAUUGGGAUUCAAUUAGUACACUUGCUGGAGAAGUUGAAAAUCCAAGUAAAACACUACCAAAAGCUCUUUUUUAUGCAGUUAUCUUGGUUAUUUCAGGGUAUUUUUUCCCUCUCUUGAUUGGUACUGGAGCAGUUCCACUUAAUCGCCAACAGUGGUCUGAUGGGUAUUUUUCAGAUAUUGCUAAAAUUAUAGGAGGUGUAUGGUUAAGAUUGUGGAUUCAAGGAGCUUCUGCUUUGUCAAACAUGGGGAUGUUUAUGGCAGAAAUGAGCAGUGACUCUUUCCAGCUUUUGGGGAUGGCAGAGCGCGGGAUGCUUCCUGCAUUUUUCGCUAAAAGGUCUCGCUAUGGAACCCCAACAGCUGGAAUCUUAUUCUCUGCGUCUGGUGUGAUUUUACUCUCAUGGUUGACCUUUCAAGAGAUUGUAGCAGCAGAAAACUUCUUAUACUGUUUUGGAAUGAUAAUGGAAUUUAUAGCAUUUGUUAAACUGAGGAUAGAAAACCCUCAAAUUACUAGGCCUUAUAAAAUACCAGUUGGGACAGUUGGAGCAAUCUUGAUAUGCAUACCUCCAACUCUGCUAAUUCUGGUGGUUCUAGCACUUGCUUCUCUCAAAGUGAUAGCUAUCAGCAUCAUCGCGGUAGUCUUAGGACUUGUGAUGCAGCCUUGUUUAACUUAUGCUGAAAGCAAGAGGUGGUUCAGGUUCUCUUAUAACUCAGAUCUUGCAAGCUUCCGUUCCACUUAUCAUUAGGGUAAUAUUUUCAGCAUUUGAAAUUGUUAAAUCUUGCUUAUCAGUGACAUGACAAAUGAAUUUGAAUAUGAGAGCACAAAAUCUUCAUAACAUGCUUGCUUCAUUUCCUAUUGAGUAUUGAUGCAAUUUUUAUUAAGCAAUCCACUUGAUCCCAUUGUAUAAGCAUUAUUCAUAUACUUGGCUUUUCUUGAUGGUUUGCAUA